AGUUUUUUAAAAUAUUAUCAUUUUAUUGUAAUUUUAACUUUAAUAUUUAUUUUUUUAAAUUAUGGAUUUGCUACUGGAAUUGGAAACUGUCCAAAGUAUCAAACGAUGAAAGAUUUUAAUAUUACAAGGUUUGUUGGUAAAUGGUAUGAAAUAGAACGUUCAUUUUAUUUAAUGGAAUUAACAUCAUCAUGUACAACGUUAGACAUAAGUAUGAAUCAUAAAGAUGACACAAAAUUAGAUGUUGAAACAAAUUUAGUAAAUCGUAUAACUGGUGAGCCAUCAUCGCCAAGUAAAGGUGUAGCAAUACAAUCCAAAAAAGAUCCAACCAUAUUAAAGUAUCAAAUACAAUCAACACGAUUACCAACAACAAUUGCACGUCUAAUGCCUGGCGCUGGCACAUAUCAAAUAUUGCAUACUGAUUAUAAUAAUUAUGCAAUAUUAUGGACGUGUUCUAAUUUAAAAAUUGCACAUUCUGAUUUGGUGUGGAUAUUGGGUCGAACAAGAGAAAUAAAUGCAAAUAAAAGAGCUGAAAUAUAUAGUGUUUUAGCUGGUUUUAAUAUCGAUUCAGAUCGUUUGGUAUUAUCUAAAAAUAAAGAUUGUCCUACAUAAGUUAUUUUAAUAAAUAAUAUUUAAAAAGUCAACACAAAAUUAUUUAGUAACAUGCACAGAUUAAUAGCCAACAGGAUAGUAAGCCAGGAAGAUAUUAAAAAUUAUAAACAAAAUAAUCCUCGAUUUUAUGCCAAUCAGUAAGUAAAGAAGCCUGGACAGUUUCGUAGAACAUUGGUUCUACUUUAUUAGUUUACAGGUCGAUAUUUACAAAUCGGAUUAGAAAUCAGCCUUUCUUUGACGACUGGAGUAGCCGGGGAUCCUCUCCAUCCCCAAAG